AUGGCCGAAAUUGCUGAGAUGAGCCAGAGCCCUCUCAUGUUGGAUUUGGAGAAAUCGGAAGGACAUUCAAGAAGUGCACACAGCGAGACUAGUCUUCCCAGACUCCAAGUGAAUGGAGGCCCUGGACCAGCGCUGGAAACCAAUAAAAGAGCAGACGAGGGAUUGGCAGCUGGACCGACACCUCCAAACGGGACUCCCUGGGAGAGUUCGUCGGACAAGACAGCACCAUUUUCACCCACGUCCAAGAUGGCUGGCGUCCUGAAGAGAAACGUUCCACCUGGCGCUCAGAUCACAAGUACGAGAACGAACGACCAGUCGCCAAGGGCCACUGAGCUUGGGGAAUCGGACAAUGCAACGAAUGGCAACGGCGCACAACCAGCUGGAAGAAAGAGUGUGCAGUUUUCACGAGACACACAAGAGAUCGAUCCCUACGCAAGUGGCCAGAAUACACCGCCAGUUGAAGGAGGCGAAAGCUCAGAGCAGGACAAGCCUCAGUCGUUAUAUGCCAGGUUAAGAGCUAUUGCAACGUCUCAGGGGUUCAGUCACGCUCGCUCUCCGAGCAAUUUGUCCCUGAGUGCCCGCUCAACGGACGGUAAAGAUUUGGAUGGUUUCUUGUCCGUACCGUCCAGUCGCAAUGAGCCUGGACUUGCUGCCACCCUGGAAGAGGACAGUGAGGUGGAAGCCGAUGCGGACGCGGAAGAAAGCGCUGCCGAAAACGGCGCCGUUCAGUCUACACCUCGUAAACGUCGGCGAAGAGCCCGCCGGUUUGAUAAUGUCGAGACAGCACCCUCUUCUCCCCACAGCUCGAUGCGACAUGGCUCUUCGAGCGUGCUGCCAAAUUCUGAGCAGGACAGGCCUCGUCUGCUAGCUCGGAGGGCCACUGAUACAGACAUGGCUCAUCAAGGAUUGUCCGAAGAUGAAGGACGCCAACAAUUGGUGGGUGCUGGUGGUUGGACACCUCGUCACCCCCUGCGCGGCCUGAGCUAUGGUGGACAAAGAAAGGCCGGCGACACUACGCCCGAUGGGCAAAGACGGCCAACGACUCUGUUGGGGUUUGCAAACACGAAUUCUUCGCGUGAAGUAGGUUCGGGUGACAUCCAUACUCCAAAGACACCAUCACGCCGGAAAAUGAUGGCAGAGCGUGGGUCUACGUUGAGUGCAGCAAAGUGGAGGCAAAUCAAAAACAGUUUGCGAAUGCUGGGUCAAAGCAAGAAGAAAGAGCGGACGCCAGAUCAUGAAAAGUCGGCAGAGCUGUUAGCUGAACUUGCAGCAGCUACCCCUGCAGCGCUAAUGCUUGCAAGCAUGUUCCAACGGGACGAACACGACCAUCGAAGAAUACCAGUUCUCAUGGAACAGCUCAAGUUGCAGAUAACUGACAGCGAGGUCGACAAGUACAGAGAAUCAGACGCCACACAGGCAGAUCGCCAUUUGAUCUUCCGGAUCGAGCUCGAAUAUGGGAAUGGAGUCAACCGAAUGAACUGGGUUGUGAAAAGAUCGCUUCGAGACUUUGCGAACUUGCACCUCAAGUACAAACUACACUACAGCUCGGAAAAGCUUCUGGGCCGUGGUGACGCGAGCAAACAGAUGCCAAAGUUCCCCAAAAGUGCGUUUCCGUAUUUGAAAUCGUUCCGAGGACUCGAAGACGAAGAUGAAGAGGACGACCUCGUCAAUGACAAUGACCCUGGCGCUGUGACAGAUCCCGAACGAGCGGUGCCGAAAAUCCAGCACCGUUCCUCAUUUCCCCCGGGUCGGCGGAAGUCAAGUAUAGCAGGGGCCCAGGAAGCUGGGACCGCAGGAGUCGGGCGGCGAGACAUUCGCUUUGCUGAACGGCAACGGAAAAAGCUAGAGGCUUACCUCCAGAAGAUGAUCAUGUUCAUGCUCUUUCGUCCGGAGAGUAAUCGACUAUGCAAAUUUCUGGAAGUGUCGGCCUUGGGCAUGCGCCUGGCUGCAGAGGGCAGUUAUCAUGGUAAGGAGGGCUUCCUCCUGAUAAAAUCUGCCAAAGGUCUCGAUUUUAGAAAAGCGUUGACCCCUCACAAUUUCGCCCGGCGGCAUGCACCAAAGUGGUUUCUCGUCAGACACAGUUACGUUGUCUGCGUCGACUCGCCCGAAGAGAUGCACAUCUACGACGUGUUUUUGUUUGAUUCCGACUUUAGGAUCCAGUCCACGAAGCUCCGACAAGGAGAGCAACGAGGCGCCAAAGAGUUGGCCGAAGCUGCGAAGGAGUCUGCAAAGCAUCCACAACAUCACCGUCUGAAAUUGGCCAAUUCGGAGAGAAGGCUCAAACUCCUGGCCCGGAAUGAGAGACAGCUACACCAGUUCGAAGAAUCGAUUCGGCUGACGAUUCAAAGCUCUCCGUGGGCCAAGAAGAACAGGUUCGACAGCUUUGCUCCGGUCAGGCCCAACUGCUUUGCUCAAUGGCUUGUCGAUGGACGAGAUCACAUGUGGGUUGUUUCCCGGGCACUGAAUCAAGCCAAGGAUGUCAUCUACAUUCACGAUUGGUGGUUGAGCCCCGAGCUGUACAUGAGACGCCCUCCCGCUAUCAGCCAGAAAUGGCGUCUAGAUCGACUGCUCAAGAGAAAGGCGGAGGAAGGGGUCAAGAUCUUCGUGAUCGUGUACCGCAACAUUGAAUCCGCCAUUCCCAUCGACUCACAGUACACCAAGUUCUCCUUGUUAGACCUGCACCCCAACAUCUUUGUCCAAAGAUCGCCCAACCAAUUCCGACAGAAUACAUUCUUCUGGGCACAUCACGAAAAAUUGUGCAUCGUGGACCACACCCUGGCUUUUGUGGGCGGGAUAGACUUGUGCUUUGGUAGAUGGGACACUCCCCAGCAUACACUCGUUGACGACAAGUCGACCGGUUUCGAGCCCAGCGACUUGCCCAAAGACGCCGACCACUGUCAAUUGUGGCCCGGCAAAGAUUAUUCCAAUCCUCGGAUCCAGGAUUUCUACGCUCUCAACAAACCUUACGAAGAAAUGUACGACCGGACGCGAGUUGCUCGAAUGCCGUGGCAUGACAUUUCAAUGCAGGUUGUCGGCCAACCGGCUCGCGACCUGACGAGACAUUUUGUGCAGAGAUGGAAUUACAUCCUAAGACAGCGAAAGCCUACGCGGCCAACCCCUUUCCUGUUGCCGCCACCGGAUUUCAAUUCGGCUGACCUGGAGGCUCUUGGCCUUGACGGCACAUGUGAAGUCCAAAUCCUUCGCUCCGCCGGGCCGUGGUCGAUGGGCACUCCCGAUAAGACCGAGCACAGCAUCAUGAACGCUUAUGUCAAGCUGAUUGAGGAAUCCGAGCACUUUGUCUACAUCGAGAAUCAGUUCUUCAUCUCGAGUUGUGAGACGGAAGGCGCAAUCGUCCACAACAAAAUCAACGACGCCCUUGUUGAACGCAUCACUCGGGCCGCCAAAAAUGACGAGGCCUGGAGAGCCGUCAUCCUCAUCCCAUUGAUUCCAGGUUUCCAGAAUACCGUGGAGCAGGAAGGGGGCACCAGUGUGCGGCUGAUCAUGCAGUAUCAAUACCGCAGCAUCUGUCGUGGAGAGUCAUCCAUGUUCGGCCGGUUGAAGUCGCUGGGAAUUGACCCAGAAGACUAUAUCCAAUUCUACAGCUUGCGUCAAUGGGGCAGGAUUGGCCCGCGCAAGUCACUGGUGACAGAGCAACUAUACAUCCAUGCCAAGUGUAUGGUGGUUGAUGACAGGGUCGCCAUCAUUGGAUCAGCCAACAUCAACGAGCGUUCAAUGUUGGGAAACCGUGACUCUGAAUGCGCAUCCGUGGUUCGAGAUACAGACAUGGUCUGGUCACGAAUGAACGGCCAGCCUUAUCAGGUUGGCCGCUUUCCCCAUACGCUUCGUAUGCGGCUAAUGCGAGAACACCUGGGCCUGGAUGUCGAUCAGAUCAUGGAGGAUGCUCAGGCCAUGGAGGCGGAACACCACCGGUCGGAAAUGGUCGGGAAAUCCGCACAACCGAGCUCGCCAGACGAGGGACCCAGCGAUGCUGUUUUGGAAACUGGCGAGGAGCUGAAUAUCCACGACGACCGGGCGCGAGAACUACGUGAAGAACUGCUGCACCGCGCCGAGGUCUUGAAGAGCUUCAAUCACGACGUGGACUGGGAGCAAGAAGGCAACCCCAACCUCAAGAGCUUUCGAAAGCUGACCGAAGACGCCCGAGUGACUGGAAAUGCACAGCACAAACAGGAUGUCGAGGGCCACGGGUUGGACAAAAUGGCCGAUAUUGAAGCCGCCGGUCUGGGUGACGGCCGAGACAGCAUCCUUUUCGCGGGGAAGAAGGAGGUGCUGAUUUCGGAUGCUGAUCCCGAAGGUCACGCCCCGCUACAACAUCCCAGGAAACGUGGUGAGGGAAAGCGGUUACCGUCGUAUGUGGUCAAUUUGGACGCACCAAAUCCCCCGUUGCCUCCCAGGCCGAGCAUGGAGCGGAUGACGACGGAACAACUUGGUCUGCCUCUGGUCUCACAGUUGCCUGCCCUCCCACAACUGGAUGAUUCGGACAUUGGUGGGCCAUCUCUGGCGAAGAGUACAUCCAAAGAAUCGGUUGGGGUUCACCAUCCGUUGAUGAACGAGCUUAAGCGGCCCCUGGUCGACCGGGACUGCAUGACAGACCCUAUCCACGAUGCCUUCUUGUAUGAUACCUGGCAUGCGGUGGCGGAGAACAACACGAAAAUCUAUCGCGCCGUCUUCCGCUGUAUGCCCGACAACCAAGUCCGGAACUGGGAUGACUAUCACCAGUAUGUGGCGUAUGCACAACGGUUCGACCAACUUCAAGGCAAUGAUGCUCCAGGAGAAGAUAAAGUGCCUCAUCCGGCUCGAUCGGCGUCGGCCUCGAAGAGUGGCCCACCGGGAGCAGGUACAAGCGCGCCAGGGGCGCAAAUCAAAGCUUUGAGUCAUGUUCCGAGCGACAUCGAGAAAGGUACGGGUGAAAUCAGGGACAAGGUCAGAAGUGCCGUGGGCAAGGAGACCAAGAAAGAAAAAGGAGAUGCCGAGAAAGCACAACUUCGUGCCUGGGCUGCCGAUGCGAACGAAGCGCAGGCCGAGAGAGAAGUGACGCCGAUUCUUCAUCGCCAGGAAACCUUGACCGAAGAAAGGGCGGGGCUGUUGCCGGUGCCUGAGGGCGUCAAUGAAGAAGCGGCCGGAGAGGGCCGGGACGACAACGUCAGUAGCGGACUGACUGACAGCGCCCCGAGCACGGCCACGGCUGUGGAGAAGGACAAGCCUAUCACCAACGGAACACCUCCACUGGCGGCCGGGACGUUCGUAGGGUACUCGGAUGCAGUGAACCAGAAUGCGGCACAAGCGGCUGCCUCAGCAGCGUCUGGCGGCGGCACCGUGCGCCGACGAAGAAGGGGGACGACCAGGUCCAGCCGACGGGACUUUAGUGCCAGCGACGACAUUGUCAGCAUUGAAGAGGCAGAAGAGCUCAUGAACUGUGUGCAGGGACAUCUUGUGGUUUGGCCUUAUGAUUGGCUUGAGAAGGUCGAGGCUGGAAGUAAUUGGCUAUUCCCAUUUGACCAGAUCAGUCCGAUUGAAAUCUAG